AUGCGGGACAUCUGCUGGUGGUGCUGCAAUCUUCUUCCGUUCAUGCUCCUGCUGCUUCUGCCGUGGAUCGAGGGAGCGGCAGCAGCGGACGAACGCCCGCCGCCGCAUGGCAGCAGCAGGAGGUUCCAUGACCCCAAGGCUACAUUGUACGAGGUACUGGGCGUGUCGAAGCACUCCUCGCGGAAGGAGAUCAAGCGAGUUUAUCUCGGAUUGGCCCGCGUGAUGCACCCAGACAAGAAGGGGCCCUUCCGCAAUGACGAGGUUGCGAGCGAAGCAAACGACAUCUUUGUGAAGAUCAAGGAGGCGUACGAGACGCUCUACGAUCCUAUCCUGCGGCAACAAUACGACUUGACGGGCAUGAAAGAGGGGGUGAACAAUAUGCCGGGCGAAGAGGAACCGGAGGAGAGGUACCAAGACGCCCCCUUCGGCAUCUUCAUUAGGUUCGGCGGCGGGCGGGGGGGGCUCUCGUUUCGCUACAAAGGCCACGGGAAGAGGAGGGCGCCAGACUUGAUGGUGGCGCUGCCGGUCACCUUCGAGGAAGCGUUCGAGGGGAAGACGGCAAACGUGACCGUCGCUCGCGAGAGGUUGUGCCGCACCUGCGGGGGAACCGGCGCCUCCGAGCCCGGGGAAAUGCCCACGUGCAACCUGUGCGAGGGGAAGGGCUACGCCUACCACCUCUUCGCCGUUCACGAGUCCGGCACUCAGAGCGACCACCAUUCCCACGGUGAUCGGCACCAUCACGAUGACGACGCCUCCAGUGGAAACCCGAGGGGCCGCUGCUCGGAGCACCUUGACGGCCGAAGGGACGGCGUGAGCCACGGCGGCGGUGGGGAUGGACUGCCGGGCUACGCGCACGCGGUCAACACCACUUGCAAGGUUUGCGGCGGGACAGGAAAGGUGUCGGACGGGGGGUGUCCUGACUGCCGCGGACGGAAAGUCAAGGUGGAAACCGAAACGUUUGAGGUGACCCUCCCCGCUGGCGUUCUGCCGGGCCACGCUGUUAUCCUUGUCGGCAAAGGGAUCGAGCACCCCGACAAGCUUCCAGGGAGCGUUCAAGUGGUGGCUGUGCAGAAUGCCCACCCUAGGUUCGAGCGCCUAGGCGCCGAUCUCAUCUACAGGAAGAAGAUCUCGCUCAUCGACGCCCUCCUCGGGUUCGAACGCAUGCUAACCCUGCUCGACGGGACGCGUGUGCCCAUCGUCCACGACCAGGUUACCCUCUCCGGGUACCAACAGGAACUCCCCGGCCUAGGGUUUCCAGUGGUGGGAGGGGACGGGGAUAGGGGAUCCCUCGUGAUCGACUUUGAGGUGGACUUUCCGUCGAGGUUGCGGGAGGCUCACCUCGCGGCCCUUCGGGUCGUGCUAACGGAGGAAGAGAUCGCCCUUCUGGAGGACGUUCUGAAGCUCAUGUCGACGAGGAAGAGCAAAGCCCGGCCGCCCAUGGAGCCUCUAGAGUAUCUUUACACCCGGAUUUGCAGCAGUGACGACGAGGAUGACUUUAUCAACAACGGCAGCAACCCCCGUUGCGUUAUUGAUCUGGUAUGGUGGGCCCGACCGCAGCUCGACGACGACGACGACGGUAGUGACUACGAGUCUUACGAGGAAUUCCGCUGA